UAUGUACCGAUAUCCGAUUAUGAGGAUGAAGCACUGACGCCGAAUCAUUUUCUUCUCGGCAAUUCAGUCAGUUCCAAGCCCAUGUCGGAGGUCACCGCUGAUGGACUGACUCUGCGAAGAGGCUGGCUGGCCUCGCAACAGUUGGCCAACUCGUUUUGGACCCGAUGGCUAAAGGAAUAUCUCCCUAUCAUUACGCGCCGAUCUAAGUGGUUCGAAAAUGUAAAACCCAUUGAAGUUGGAGACGU